GAAUAUGUCAAUGGCUUUCGGAUAAUGACAUCUAGCAAAUAUUAACAUUUUUUAACAAAAACUAGUAAUAAGAGAUAGGUAUUGGUUGCUUGGUACAUUUUAUUAUUUACACAAUGAACGUAACGCUUACCAGCUUGGAAGCUUUGAUUUUAAAAGCAACUCAUGAAACUUUGCCGCAACCUGAUGCCGCGGCCUUGGAAGCUUUCUGUGUAGUGAUGCAGGAUUCUGCGGAGGGUCCCCAGUUAGCAGCUCAGGCACUAGCGGCUCGUAUUCACUCAUUAAAUGCUCGGGAAGCUCUUUUAGCACUUACAAUGCUCGACAGAUGCAUGCGUCGCUGUGAUUCUAAUUUUCACGCUGAAGUUGGAAAAUUUAGAUUCUUAAAUGAGAUGAUAAAGCUGGUAUCUCCCAAAUAUUUCGCAGAUAGAACAGCGCCAGAUGUUCGAACAAGGGUUCUGCAACUGCUUCAUGCCUGGUCCAUAGAAUAUCCAAAAGAAACCAAAUUUAAAGUUGCUUUUGAUAUGCUCAAAAAUCAAGGUGUAAUAAAAGAGACUCCUCCACCUUUGCCCCCCGAGGACAAUACUGUGACGUCUAAGCCACGAACUAAGAGUGCUAUAUUUGAAGAUGAAGAAAAAUCAAAGCUCUUGCAAAAGCUGCUUCAGAGUAAAAAACCAGAAGAUCUGCAACAUGCAAAUAGAUUAAUUAAAACAAUGGUCCGAGAAGAAGAACGUCGCUCCGAAGCCAACAGUCGCCGAGCCCAAGAAGUAAGUGCAGCAUUGGACAGUGCAGGUCUACUAAGAGAUAUGUUGGAACAUGCAGAGGACGCAUCUUCUGAUGAGGAACAACUAAUUCAUGAGCUAUAUGCUAGUUGUGCAAGACUCCGUCCAGUGCUGCAACACUUGGCCUCCUCUGACACACUCACUGAAAGUCUAAGUGACAUACUACAUGCUAAUGAUGUACUAGAUGAAGUUUUUAAUAAAUAUAACAAAUUUGUUAGUGAAAUGAAGACUAAAUCUAAAGAAUCUAAGACGGAAGUACAAACUACAAACAGUGAUAGCUUAUUAGAUUUUGCUGGAGCUAACAGUAUCAGAAACGAGAAUGACAAACCAAAGAAUUCCAACAAUACUGUGAUUGAUGAGUUAGGAGAUAUUUUUGCUAAUGAAAAUGCCACCAAAAAUAUAGCGGAACCUUUGAAACCAGUUAAUUUAAUGUCCACUGAGGAGGCAGAUUUAUUAGGAGAAAAAAAUAAAAAAAUCGAAGGUUGGCAAGAACUGGACUCGCUUGGUGAGCAAUUAUUGAAACAAUCGUUACCAGAAAAUUUGAAACGCCUGGACAACUUUAGUAGCAAACAUACAAAAAAAAUUCCAAUGAAUGCCCUGGAAAAAACAUCACCAAAACAUGAAGUACAAAUAGCAAAUAACAAUACGUUAUUAGAUUUGGAUUUCUUUACAAAAAAAAACGAAGAGCAAAAUAAAUUGUCAUUGGCGCAGUCUUCGAAGUUAAUUACCCCCAACGAUGACGUCAUGGUCGACAUCAGUUCCGAUGAUAAAACAACAUCUCCGAAUAUUGUAAACGAGAAUUUGACACUGAAAUCUGAUAGCUCUCCAGACAAUAUAUUGGACUUAAGAUUACCUGCAGAAAGUGAUACGAAAAUCAUCACAACGCCCGUAGAAAGUAAGGAAAAUCUAACAACUGAUCAGAACGUUGCAAUGACCAGAGCUAACAAUGUCAAACCUCUGACUGAUAUUAAUUUGACUCUACAAAGUGUUCAUCCAAGUAAAAUUCCUCCGUUGAAGGUCUUCGAGGAGGAUGACGGAUUGACAGUGGUGCUACAUUUCUGUAAAGAUAAGCCGCGGCCAGACGUGAGCGUGAUCGUAGUUUCAACUACAAGUAAAAAUACAUCGCCGAUAGAGGAUUAUAAGUUUCAAGCGGUUGUUCCGAAGGGCUGCAAGGUGCGCCUGCUGUCGCCGUCGCACACGUCGCUGCCGGCCUACAACCCGUUCCUGCCGCCGCCCGCGCUCACCCAGCUGCUGCUGCUGGCCGCGCCCGCCGCCCCCCCUCCGCUGCGCUUCGUGCUGUCCUACUCGCUCGCCGGCGACGCCUGCUCGGAGAUGGGCGAGGCCGUGCUACCGGUGUUGGACAACGCCUGCUCCAACUGAGCGUCGGCUGCUCCUGCUGAGGGACGUCUGGCGUCUGGCGACUGUAGGCGUCGUAUGCACGGACGUCGACUGCGUUAACUGAGCAACGUCUAUGUUCGCUCUUUGCGUUCACCGGACGUCGUCUCCGUUUCCCGAUACGAUUCUACGAUUCGUGCGUACAAUAAGUACAGUCUAUACAUCGCGCGUGUGCUGAGCGUCACAGACAGUUCUUUACGUAUAACCGCUUGCAUUUAUACCGAUUAUUCUAGUCUACGAAUUAAGUCUCGACAUUCCGAUAUUUCUUAUUAUUUUAAUUUAUUAAAAAAAAAAUUGAUCUGAAUUAUUUUAAAACAGUAUUAAGACAUUUUGGACAUAGGAUUGUCACGUUUUAUAGAGAUAUCACAAAAAAUGCAUUUAUUUUGUAUAAUUUUUUUAUUAAGUAUAAAUUUGUUUAUAUUUCGGUCGAUGUGCAAUACACGAUACUUAAUAGAAUUGUAUGACUUACGUUAUUUAUAUUAAUGCAAGAAUAAAUGGUAUUCGCUUCA